UGUUGCUAUGGUGACGUCAGUCAAAAUGGCUCCUCCUCUUCCUCUGAUCAUCCUGCUUAUGAUUCACAGGGUUUCUAGUGCUGAUAUGAGUGUGAAUUACAGUCAUCCACACAUCUGUGCACUAAAGAACUCAUCAGUGAUAAUGAGCUGCACUUAUACAUACCCUACUGGUCAUCAGAUCAAUAAAACGUUCUGGACCAAAUACCCUAAAAAAGUGGGUGAAGAACAUCCAGAUCUGUUUGAUGAUCCUGAAUACAGUCAGAGGCUUCAGUAUCUGGGAGAUAAACAGCAGAACUGCACCAUCAGACUGAAUCAUGUGACACAGAAAGAUGAACACAUGUACUAUUUCAGAUUCAUCACUGAUAAACCUGAUAAGAAAUGGCUUGGUAGAACAGGAGUGAAUCUUACUGUCACAGAUAUUGUGUCAGAUCUUCAGGUGGAGUCUCCUGAGAGAGUGACAGAGGGAGAUUCAGUCCGUCUGACAUGUAAAAGCAGCUGCACUCUGACUGACAGAGCAACAUUCAUCUGGUACAGAAACUCACAGCCAUUAACUGAGAGAAGAGACAGAAACAAUGAACUCCUGCUGCAGUCAGUCAGAAGAGAGGAUGCAGGCAACUAUAGCUGUGCUCUACAUGGACACACUUACAUCUCUCCUGCUGUUCAUCUCAAUGUCACAGAUCCUCCCAGUCUGGUGACAUUGUACAUAUCUAUUGGAGUGGUUUGUGGAGUUGCAGUUAUCAUCACAUUGUUGCUGAUUUGGAGAAGCAGAAUAAAAAACAGAAAAGACACACAUGAAACUCAGAUGAAUCAUUCCACACCUGAUCAUGACAGAUAUACAACAUUUGAUGUUGAAUCGACUGAACCUUUGUAUGGGAAUGUAACAAUGAAUCAUUCCAGAUAUUGUGAUAUUGAGAUGAGUGAACCUGUGUAUGAGAAUACAACAUGUGUCAGGCUGUAGUGUUCAGGACACGUGGCAAAACAUUUUACAGCCUUUUUCUGUCUCUCUGUGGGUGGAGCCCUGAAUGAUUGACAGUAGUGUCUUGAUUUACAGAAAUGAAUUGGUUUUAUUUAAAGUUAAUUACAAAUGUUCAAGUUGUUGUAAUUCUAUUUGACUGUUACUAAAGCAUAAAAAUAUCCUAUGAAUUGAUAUGAAAACAAUCUUCAUUUACAACAAACAAAAACUACAUCUAAAAACUAAUCAUAUAAGAUCUCAUUGUAUUUAAAGUUUUACAUAUUCUGUCUAUUCUGUGUUUUUAAACAUAUUGUAUAUUGCCCUUUUAUUGUUGUAGUAUGGCAGCUUGUGAUUACAGUGUUUCCUGUGUAUUUAUAUGUGUUUGAUCAGCAGAUGUCCUCAGUGUGUGGUGCUCAGAACAUUGGAGUCAGACAUCACAUACUGUCUAGUAUGGAAUCC